UCAACACUCCAGUAAUGCACACAAAUAAACGACUGCGGGUGCACCAGACAUAUCUAGGUUUUGACAGACGAGCAACAGCCCUUGCUUGGCACCCAACCAACCCAAAUGUUGUUGCUGUUGGAUCAAAGGGAGGAGAUAUCAUACUCUGGAACUACCAGGCAGAUGGAAACAAGCCCAGAACUUUCAUCAAAGGGGUAGGACCUGGUGGCUCCAUCCAGUCCCUGCAAUUUGAUGAGCGUCAUAGUGGAUACAAAGCGUACACAGUAUCGAUUGACGGAACUCUGGCUUACCAUGAUUUGGAAGCUGAGGAGAGGAAAAACUUUUUGGUGACGGGAGAUAUAGAAUUAGAGAGCCUAGAUGAACUAAAUACUGGUGCGAACGGCUCUAUCCAGGCCUUAAAGUUCAAUACAGAUAAUCCUAAUUUGGCAUACACAGCCUCUAUCAAUGGCAACAUGGAGUGCCAGGAUGUCACAAGGGGAAGCUGUCACAAAGUUUUUCUGUCAACUGGUGAUUGCGACCACUGGUAUACCUCACUAGAUGUAUCUGUACCUGGCAAGGUGAUAAUUGUUGGUGAUAAUAAAGGAUAUGUGAAUUUGCUGACCCAAGAUGGUGAGAAGCUUUGGACAAACAGACUUCAUCAGCAGAAAGUGACACAUAUUGAGUUUUGCCCACGAAUGCCUUGGUGCUUUGUCACAGCGUCGGUCGAUCGUAGCCUGAAAGUGUGGGACAUCAGGAACAGUUAUUCUUGCCCAAGCUUCAUGCUCAGCAGAACCAUCUCACAUCCUCACAGACAAUUCCAGCAUCUAACUCCUAUUAAGGCAACUUGGCACCCAUUAAGAGACAUCAUUGUUGUUGUGCGAUACCCUGACCCUGCUUUCCCCGGAUAUGUUGAUAAUGAACCUCGCACUGUGGACUUCUUUGACGGUGCAACAGGAAAGCUCUUGCAUCAACACCUGGACAGAAACUGUGACAACAAGAUAAUAUCACUCAACCUCUUUAAUCAAACUGGUGAUGCAUUACUCUCAAGUGCUGCAUUACUUGUGUGGGUUUGGAAACCAAAGUUUUCAUCCGAUGCUACCAAGAGCAGCAGCAAUCUGGAUUCGGAAGGUAACUUUGAUAUUUCUGUCAGUUUAUGUAAUUGUGCCAAACUGGUUGUUGUAUCAGGAAUUAAAAUGUCUGAGUAA